UUUUCUUUAUCCUUCUUGUACAAGGUACAAACUCUGAGCUCUCCAACCCCUCUGAAACAGAAUCUGAGAGAAAAGAUGAACUUAGCGACUGGUCCUUGGCAGGAGAAGAUGACAGGGAAAGCAGACACCAGCGUGACAAUAGGCGACGUCCUGGAGGACGAGGGCGUAGUGUGUCUGGAGGUCGUGGGCGUGGUGGACCUCGUGGUGGCAAGUCAUCCAUUAGCUCUGUGCUUAAAGAUCCAGACAGCAACCCUUACAGCUUGCUCGAUAACACCGAGUCAGACCAGACGGUGGAUACCGAUGCUAGCGAAUCCCACCACAGCAGUAACCGCCGCAGGAGGUCGCGCCGGCGAAGGACUGAUGAAGACGCUGUUCUUAUGGAUGGGAUGACAGAGUCUGAUACAGCUUCUGUUAAUGAGAAUGGUUUAGAUGAUAGUGACAAAAAACCCCAGCGACGCAAUCGUAGCCGCAGGCGUCGCUUCAGGGGUCAGGCAGAAGAUAGACAGCCAGUAACAGUAGCUGAUUAUAUAUCACGAGCUGAAUCGCAAAGUAGACAGAGAAACCCUCCAAAGGAGACACUAGCCAAAACCAAGAAAGAAACGGCAAAAGAUGCCAUUGAUGAAAACAGCCCUUCUGAAAAGGCAGUGAAUGGUCCUGCUACAGCUUCUGGGGAUGAGCCUUCUAAACUACAGCACAGUCCUGAUGAAAAGAAAGUUACUGUUCAAGAGGAUGGAAAUAAUCAGGAAGAAGCAGUGCUGAAUGGUGUUUCAUAAACUGAAGUUCCUAGUUUACAGUUCUCUUACAUUACAUUUAAAAUAGUGCUUGUAUAAGCUUGCCAAAGAUAGAAUAUGGAUCGCCAGUCUUGACACCGCACUUUCAGUUCCUCCAUUUUGGAAUACAGAAGGGGGAGGGAUCCUGAAGAAAUCAUAUGUUAAACAUACUUUGACACCUACUGUGUUAUAAAUAUAUCAUCAGAUGUGCCUUGAGAUAGUAUAUGUAACAUUUAAAUAAACAAAAUUGCUGGCUAUAGGAAAUGUUAUUUUGUUUUCAAAAUAUGGCAAAGAUGUGAGGGGGAUCCCUAACAUAAUACUCUUUAUGAAAGCAUUAGCUGCUUUUGUUACAUUUUUAAUAAUAUGCAACCACUUCUUCACCUGAGGAAUACUAGAAAGAAAUGCAGUCUAAAAUAUUUUGCACUGAAAUGUAAUUUCUCCAUUAGUUUAGUCUGGAAACUGGUCUGUUUUAAUACAUGUUUUUUAAAUGCUGUAUGUAGAGGAAAAAUCUGCAGACCACUGGAAUACAUUUGUUAAAUUCUCAUAAUCUGCAGGGAUACUGGGUGACAUUGGCAGUGACUGUUCUACAUUGAGGCUUUGUUUGGUUUAUUUAUUAAACUGUACAGUAUUUAAAAAUCAAACAUAGCUUUAGUUAACACUAAGCUGACUUAGUCAUGUCCAUUAAGACAUAACCUGAACUACUGAAAAGAUCAAUUUCCAGAAAGUUUAUUCUGUAUAAACUACAUAUGUUAGUCCUUAGUAGAGUAUUUUUAUUUUUGUUUUGGUUGUUUGAUGUGCAAUAUGUUUUUUUUGUAUGCUGGUAGUAAAAGAAAAUAAACUUUGAUCUUCCA